UACUGCAUGAUGCAACGACCAGCGUAGAACCGAUAUAAAACAAUCUGAUUUAGUUGGAAACACAUUUUCCUUUCUGGUACACAUCUAAAGUUAAACUGCUUCCAUUUUAAUGAACUUUACAGAGUCUAGACAGAGAUGUGUCUCCAGAAGCUGCUGAAAAAUGAUGGCCUGGAGAAGAUGCACCUGCUGACCCAGUCCAAGAACUACGAGCUGAGAGUCGACAUGGAAGACUUCGAGGGUCAGAAAGUCUUUGCUGCUUACGCUUCCUUCUCUGUGGGUCCAGAGUCGGAGGGAUACAAGCUAAAUCUGGGGAGUUUCCUCAAUGGGGCAGCAGGGGAUUCUCUGACUUACCACAACGGGCGUAGGUUCACCACCACCGACAAAGACCAAGAUUCAAGUGAUUCAAACUGCGCCAGGUCAGCCUAUGGUGCAUUCUGGUAUGGGGUGUGCUUCGAAGCCAACCCAAAUGGUAUCUACGCCUGGGGGCCUUCACCCCAUGCAGCUGGUGUUCAGUGGAAAACUUUUAAAGGCUUUGAUUACUCCCUGAAAACCAUGACAAUGAAGAUUAGACCAAGACCAGUUGUUGCUACUGGUAUAGGGACCACAGCGAUAACUGAAGCAUGGUAGAGUUUUGUGUCAGUUAAGAUGAAGAAGAGUAGUUUACGGAAACUAUCAGUUUGUUGCAUCACAUUUUAACCUCUUUUCAGCAAAUGGAUAAGAUCAGGAUUAGCAGCAAACUCCUUGAUCCUGUUAAUGAGUUUUUGUGAAUCCAAACCUAAUAAAACUUUGUAAAAAUUAGUUUAUGUCCAAAAACACAUCAGUUUUUGGUUGACAAGUUCAUAUAUUACCAUAAACACUUAAACUGCAUUUAUUAACUCAGUAUCACACAUACUAAUGUAUUAAUCCGCAACUGAAAAUAGUCCCAGAUGACGGUAGAAUUCCAUAAAGAAAAAACAAAAGUUACAAGUCUUUGAUUACUUAUUUAACAAAAAUGUUGUACAACAUUGUUCCAGCUGUCCACAGCUGUUAGAUAUUUGUUUUUUUUAAACUACGCAGUCUGUCAGUUCAGUCAAGUUUUCCUCUAUGGAAACAGAACAACUAUGGCUAGAAGCAGUGAGAACCAAAAAUCACAAAAAAAGGAAAAAGAAAAGUUGAGCUUCUUUGAUUAUUUAUUUUACAUUAUUCAUUUAUCUUACAAAAAUUGGAAAUAAAAGAUUUUUGAUUACACAGCCUGCAGUUCGGUUGAGACGAAAAGUCACAGAUUUUUUGUCACAUGAUCAUUGCAGAUGUUCCUCAUCGUGCAGAUCGUUUUGUUUUAAAUAGAAUCUAAUGAGUCCAUUGUGUUCGUUCUUGGCAAAUUAAAGAUAUUUUAAUUUAUUUAAUUUGCACAGCCUGCAGUUCAUCCAAAAGUCCCAGAAUUUUUGUCGAAUGACCGUCGAUUGCACCCGACUUGCUAAUGACUUUAUGUUUGCAUGGAGGAGUGGAGAAUUUUUGAUUUUUGACAGAAUGUAAUUACUACAAAGUUUAUCUUACAAAAUUGGAAAUAAAGAAGAUUUUUAAUAACACAGCCUGCAAUUCAGCCCAGUUCAGUCAAAAAGUCCCAGAAUUUUCAUCAUGUGAUUGUUGGUUAGAGCUGAGUCACUAAUAUCUUUGUGCUUCCAUCAAGGAGUGCAGAUUUUUUGUUUUGUUUUUGACAGAAUCUAAUUACAACAAAGUGUUCAUUCUUGGCAAAUUUUUCAAAAGUGACGAGAACAAAAAAGUGAUUUUGAAGAAAUAUCACAAUUUUAGAUUUAGUUCAUUUUCCUGACAAAAUUGUACCUUGAUGUGACUUUUUCAAUUUUAAUUGAACUGAUUUGUUGAAUUUCUUGUACAAAAUUUUUCCUAAUGUGCCCACAGUUAUUACCAAUGGUGGGAAAAACAUGUAGCUCUCCAUGCAAUAGAUAUUUUACAUUGUUUAACUCCACAGCCUGCAGUUCAGCCUUACCUGCAGGUUAACAGUUAACCCUUAACAGCAAAAAGGUUAUUUUGGACUAUUUUUGAAGAAAGACACGUAGAACAAAGGGAGUUUGAUGAAAUAAUCUGCAACACAUGAUUAGUUAAAGGACCGUCUAAUAGUAAAAACAAAAAAACAAAAAAACAAUGGUAAACAUACUAUAAAUAUUUGUGGGAACACUGCCUGCAGUUCAUCUGAUAAAAUCCCCAAAUUUUUGUUAUGUAACUGUUGGUUGCAUCUGAGUCACUAAUUGCUUCACAGUUGUGCAGAGAAACACAUAAUUUUUUGUUUUUUUUACAGAAUCUAGUUAGUAUGAAGAGUAUAUUUUUGGCAUUACUUUAAAAUGACACAUGUAGAAUAAAGUGAUUUUGACAGAAUAUCACAAUUUUAAGUUUAGAUUUGGUCACAUUGUCUGUCUCAGGAACAUAUGAAAGUCAAAAAAUCGCAGAUGUUCUUUGUUUUUUUGUUAUUACAGUUUCUGAAUCUGAUAAAUGGUGUAAUUUUGGUGAUUUUUUUGCUUUUCAAACCCUCCAGUUGGUUUUGGGGUUCAGUUGGUUGACAGAUGAAUCAUUCAGUCUAAAAAAUGCUCCAUAAUUCAUCAGUUUGUCAUUUUUUUGAAGAAAAUAGUCAAAAUUCUCUUAUUCCAGCUUCUUAGAUUUGAUGGUUUUCUUGUUUCUGUCCUCCUCUGUAACAGAAAAUUUAAAAUUUUCAAACAAAACAUGAUAUUUUUUGACCAACACGACUUCCUCAAAUGCCAAAAAUAUUCAGGUUAUUGUCACAGAAGAGGAAAGAAACCAGAAAAUAUUCACAUUUAGGAAGAUGGAACCAAAGAAUUCUGACGUGUUGCAUUUUUUGUUUUUUAUUGAUCGAUUAAUCGAUUGCUUGUGAGGAAUCUUGCUGCUCCCCAGCAUCAGCGUUAACCCACCAGACUCAUUUCACUCAGAGUUUAAUGAUCCGUCUUCAGCGUUUUAUGACAGGAGGAGGAGGGAGACGAGGGGGUUACCAUGGCAACAGCGGCUCCUAAAAUUUCACGGGUCGGUUUUACAUCAUGGGAUGGAUUUAAUUGUCAACAGCUGCACUAAUCUAUACGGUCUGAAUGUAAAGCAUACAGAUGUUACCGACUAGUGCAGCUGUUUGGGUUUUAAUACAAGUCGAAUAUAAGCCAACUCACAAAAAAAACCUAAAUCUGGCAUCGACUGUAGUUCCUGAUUAUGAUACACGUUAUUUACAUGCAGAAAAAAAUAACACUGCAGAGCUGCAACCAUUCUGAUCAUCAGUUUGAGGCUUUUUAUUGAAAAAAGGUUGAAAUUCCCUGAUUCCAGCUUCUUAAAUGUGAAUAUUUUCUGGUUUCUUUGCUCCUCUAUGGACAAAACAAAAUAUUUAAGGAACACGAACAAACAUUUUUCACUAUUUUCUCACAUUUUACAGACUAGCAGCUGAUGGAUUAAUUAAGAAACUAAUCAAGAAAUCAGUGUUGACAGCUGAAAAUGGGAAACAAACAGCCACUUCCCUCCCAACAUCCUCCCACUCAAACAUUUUUAGUCUCUUUUAGCUCAUUAUUUAAAUUUUCUAGCCUGUAAACUCCACUAUGACCAGCUUCAUUUCCACCCUGGUGGCUUUCUGACCUCUCCAUCCGCCCCGACAUCCUCCCACUGAAAUGUAUAUUUUUAGUCUCUUUUAGCUCAUUUUUUAGGUUUUGUAGCCUUUAAACUCAACUAUCACCAGCUUCAUUUCCACCUUGGUGGUUUUCUGACCUCUCCAUCCGCCCCGACAUCCUCCCACUCAUACAUACAUUAUCUUUGGGUUUUGGAAAAACAAAAUAUUUAAGGAACACUAAUGAACAUUUUUCACUAUUUUUUACUUUUUAUAGACUAGCAGCUGAUGGAUAAAUCAAGAAAUUAAUCAACAAAUCAGUACUGACAGCCGAAAAUGGGAAACAAACAGCCACUUCCUGCCUUAAAGCCUGCUGGUUUUCAGACCCAUCCAUCCACCCAGACAUCCUCCCACUGAAACAACAUUUUUAGUGUCUUUUAGCUCAUUAUUUAGGUUUUCUGGAUUAAAAGUUCCACUGUCAACAGCCAUUUAUGACGAAGAAAUGCAACAUUUGAGAAACUGAACCAGCUGAUGUCUGAUGUUUUUACUUAAAAAUGAGACAGAUAAUCGAUUAUCUGGUGAUCAAGUAAUAGUUGAAGCUCUGCUGUGAAAAAAAAUAAACAUUCUGAAGACGACAGGGUUCUAAUUCGAGAUAUUUAGCUACUUUGCACCUAUAGGACCUACUCUGGAGUCUUCCUGUGUGUGAUGCUCAAAACAAACCAGCAGUGUUGACCAGAAAAACCACAUCUGGGACAGUGGAAGCUCUGAACUCUGUUAACUUCCAGGUCCUCUAUCGGUCCCUGCUGGUCUGAGGGAUGAACUGCACCAACUGCAGCAGCUGAGGGAAGCUUUUUAGGAGGAAACCGUGUAUAACUGUGGCGCCUUUCAGCAGAAACAAGAAGAAAAAUCCGUCUCGGUUGUGCUUUGAUUGUACAGAACUCGAGUCAGUUCUUCGUCACAGCAUUUAAUGGAUUCUAGGUGUUUGUCCUGCAUCGUUUGCUGUUUUUAAAUGACUGAAUCCACGCUGAUGGAGAGGAAGCAGAGUGUUGUUAAAUGACUGAAUCCACACUGAUGGAGAGGAAGCAGCCAGUUUUUAAAUGACUGAAUCCACACUGAUGGAGGAGGAAGCAGCCAGUUUUUAAAUGACUGAAUCCACACUGAUGGAGGAGGAAGCAGCCAGUUUUUAAAUGACUGAAUCCACACUGAUGGAGGAGGAAGCAGCCAGUUUUUAAAUGACUGAAUCCACACUGAUGGAGGAGGAAGCAGCCAGUUUUUAAAUGACUGAAUCCACGCUGAUGGAGAGGAAGCAGCCAGUUUUUAAAUGACUGAAUCCACGCUGAUGGAGAGGAAGCAGAGUGUUUUUAAAUGACUGAAUCCACACUGAUGGAGGAGGAAGCAGCCAGUUUUUAAAUGACUGAAUCCACACUGAUGGAGAGGAAGCAGAGUGUUUUUAAAUGACUGAAUCCACACUGAUGGAGGAGGAAGCAGCCAGUUUUUAAAUGACUGAAUCCACACUGAUGGAGAGGAAGCAGAGUGUUUUUAAAUGACUGAAUCCACACUGAUGGAGGAGGAAGCAGCCAGUUUUUAAAUGACUGAAUCCACACUGAUGGAGAGGAAGCAGAGUGUUUUUAAAUGACUGAAUCCACACUGAUGGAGGAGGAAGCAGCCAGUUUUUAAAUGACUGAAUCCACACUGAUGGAGAGGAAGCAGAGUGUUUUUAAAUGACUGAAUCCACACUGAUGGAGAGGAAGCAGCCAGUUUGUGUGUCGCUGUGGAGCUCUGCGAUCUGAUUGGCUGCCUGGCCUCUGCAGUCUCCUCACGGCUCCCAGAUCCAGAUGGAGGAGGAUAAAAACUCAGACCGAGUCCCAAACCGGGACGUGUUUUUAGCGUGUUUCAGAGGGAAACUCCAGACGUGACGAAGCAUUCUCUAUGCCUCCACCUCAUUGGUCUGCAGAGCUGCUCUGCUUGUCUCUGAUUGGAUGGAAGCCGGUGACAUCAGAUGGAUCGGAUGUAGAAAUGUGGAGCAGAAACACCUGAAGACGGAUCCUGGUGAAAAGCUAAAGAACGUCAGCUGAUCUCUCAUGUUUUUCAUCUAGAUAAUAAAACUGCAGCCAUUAAUCUCUCAGCUGUCAACCAAUAAAUAAUUCUGCAACUAUUUCACUCCAUAAUUUAUCAGUUUGAGUCAGUUUUUAAAGAAAAAAAGUCCAAAUUCUCUGAUUCCAGCCUCUCAGAUUUGACUGCUUUCUUGUUUCUUUAAUCUUCAAUGACAGUAAAUUAAAAAUCAGAAUAAAGUGAUUCUGACAGAAUAUCACGAUUUUAACUUUAGAUUUGGUCACAUUUUCUGACUCAGGAACAUCUGAAAGUCAAAAACUCGCAGAUGCUCUGUUUUUUUUUUGUUGUUGUUGUUAUUACAUUUUCUGAAUCUGAUAAAUGGUGUAAUUUCGUUGAUUUUUAGUUUUUUUUUUUUUUGCUUUUCAAACCUUCCACUUGGUUUUGGGGUUCAGAUGGUUGACAGAUGAAUCACUCAGUCUAAAAAAUGCUCCAGAAUUCAUCGGUUUGAGUCAUUUUUCAAAGAAAUAAAGUCCAAAUUCUCAGAUUCCAGCUUCUUCUUCCAGUUUUCUUGUUUCUUUCCUCCUCUAUGGCAGCAAAUUAAAAAUCUACAAACAAAACAAGACAUUUGUGGACCAACAUGACGUCCUCAAAAGUCAAAAAUAUUCACUUUACUGCCACAAAAGAGGGAGAAAAACUGAAAGUAUUCUCACAUAUUAAGCUGGAAUCAAGGAAUUUUGACUUUUUACUUUAAAACAUGACACAAACUGAUUAAUUAGUUUUCAAAGUAGCUGUCAAUUAAUGAAAUAUUUGACAGUUAAUCUAUUGAAUGCUACAGAUCUGAAUCCAAAGAGGACAGACUUGGAUGCUCUGAUGUUAGGAAUGAUGUCUGCAAUGGGAUUAAAAGGCAUGUUCACUUUAAAAUAAAUUAUUAAAAAAUCCCCAAAAUGACACAAUUCAUCAGAGCCAGAAACUUCCACGACAGAAAGACUCCUCAGAUUUCCAACUUUCUGGAGGUUAUUGAACUAAAUAUGAGCAGCCGCAUUGAGAAAACAAAGCAAAUCCAGGCUUAAAAAAUCAAAUACUUUAGUCUACGUGACACGUUUGAAAAUUUACCAAACACAAACUAUUUUGUCUAACCGCAUUCUGUAAAAAGCUAAAAAUUCUGCAAUCCUCAAUGCAGCUGAGAAGCCAAUAUUGACUCAGCCAUCACCAACAGUUACUUGACGAAAAUUCAGGAACUUCUCGGUUGAACUGCAGGUGGUGUAAACACAGAGCAGGAAAAUAUGGAAACUAAUUAAAAAUGUAAAAAGUUAAAUACCUAAAAUAUGUGGAGUUUGCAUAUUUUCUGGAUUUAUUAAAGAUUAUGGGCACUUGGGAAAAUGUUGUACAAGUUGUUAUAUUUUUGUAAAAUAAAUCAUUAAAAAAAUUUGGUUAUGAUAAAACUCAACGGAUUGUUUGACGCACAGUUUGGGCAGAAAAAUUAACUAAACCUGAGCCUAAAAAUUAGAUGUUUAAUCAAAAUCACUGAACUACAGGCUGUUUAAUUAAAAUGUCUAACAUAUGAAAAGCCACUUUUUUGGCACAAAGGUAUCGUUCAAGUUUUGGUAAAGUCAAAGAAAUUCAACUAAUUAGUGCAAGUAAAACUAUAAACAAAUCAUUCUUGACGUACAAAUUAAUAAAGAAAAUAAACCUGCUUUAUUCUACACGUCUCAAUUCAAAAUUUGCCAACAAUAAAAGUUUUGCUAUAAUUAGAGUCUGUAAAAUAAGAUAAAAUUCUGCACUUCUCACUAUAAUCAGGAAGAUAUCAGGACCUCAUUUGCAACCAACAGUCAUGUGAGAAAAAUUCUACGACUGUUUGGCUGAACUGCAGGAAGUGUUUAAAAAUAUGGAAAUAAUUAAAACUGUAAAUAGAAAAAUAUCAAAAAUAUGUGGAGUUAUCAUUUUCCCAGUAUUAUUGAAGCCUGUAGGCAUUUGGGAAAAUGUUGUAAAAUACAAAUGAUCAUAGAUAUACAUUUAAAAUAAAUCUAAAAUCAUUCUUGAUGUACAAACUUGUUAAGAAAAUUAAAUCUAAGCUUAGAAUUUCACCAAAUCCAUUUUAUUCUACAUGCCUCAAAGAAAAAUUCACCAAAAAUAAAAGGUUUGCUCUAAUUAGAUUCUGUAAAAAAAGAAAAAAAUCUCCAUUUCUCACUAUAAUCAGGAAUCUAUCAGGACCUCAUUUGCAACCAACAGUUUUGUGACAAAAAUUCUGCGACUAUUCGGCUGAACUGCAGGUUGUGUAAUUAAAAUAUCUUUUUUUCCCCAAUUUUUGCAGGAAAAAUAAAUAAUCCAAGAAAGGCAA